GUUGCGAGUGAGAAGCCGAUCGCCUGCACUUGACUGACCAGAAAAUUCAAAGCGGUUGACUGCGUGUGUGUACAGUCAGCGACGUGAACUGAGGAAUAAUUUUAAUUUGUGAUUCAGUUACGAGAAAAAGUAAUAGCAAAGUGUGUUUAUUUGUUAACGCAUUGCAUGUCCGAUUCAUUAUCGGAAAAGUGGUGAAGGUUUUGCAUCAACGGAGACAGAAAUUGUGGAAAAGAUCGAAGCGAAGGACGCAGAGCAAAAACAAUGUUCAAAACGAAAAAGGAUGUCGACCGUCAUGUGCGGACCGCACUGUCGAAAUUGCAUUCGGAGAACGAGAAAAAUUUACGUGGGUUCACAAUCGCCAAAUUAUAUUUUAAAAUUCAAGAAUAUGCCACAGCUCAACAUUACGUAUCAACCUAUAUUAGCGCGAAUGAAGGAUAUGCUCCCGCGCAUAGACUUCUUGGCCAAUGCCUUCUUCAACUGAAAAAGCCCGAUAAAGCGCUGGAAGCGUUUCAACGUUCGCUCGAUUUGGAUCCUAAACAACCAGAUCUGCUAAUUGAAGUCUGCAAAAUGCUCUUAUCUGAUGAAAGCUCCACGAGUUUGAAUAAAGCCAAGUUUUGGUGUGAUUUAGCUGAAUCUGAAAAUGUUCAGGACAAUGCUGUGUUCAGCCUUCGAUUGAAGUUGCUCAAUAAAAGCAGUCUGGAAACUACGGAAAUCGAGUCAUUAAUUCUGAAGGAGAUCUCAUCGAAGCCCACUGAUCCAAAUCUAAGAGUGAGAAUGGUAAAACAUUUCAUCGAGCAAAAUAAAGUGCUUGAGGCAUUUAAAUAUGCUUACGACCUGGAAAUGAAUAAUCAUAAUUUAUUCCUGAACUGCAUUGACUGGUAUAAUAUCGUUUGGCUAGCAUUGAGCAAAUAUCGGCAGCUUCCCAGCUCGAAGAAGUCGUGGGAUUAUUGGUUGCUCUCAAUGAUCUGCAUCGAACGACAAGUGGAUUUAAGUUUCGCUAAUAUGAACAACAACGCACUCUCGAAUGGAGGAACUACGGACAUUGCUAAUCUGCUAUUCACUUUCGAUCAACAUCUUUUCGAAGCUGCUAAGUGCGUAUCAGACGCGGCCCAGCAAAAAGAAUUGGCGGCACAAUUCUUGUACCAUUUUCGAGGACAAUUAUGUCUUCAUGCAGCGGCGCUUAUUUUCCGUCGUGAACAAGUUCAAAACAAAAACCAUUGGCGGGAAGCUACAAAAACCUCCUUACCAAUGUUGUUUUUUGCUUUCCACUGUGGGACAUCGGAUACGAAGGAAUCGUGGUUAAAGCACAGCGGUGAGAAAGUACGACAAUUAAUACAAACAUGGAAUCGCGAAGGAGCUUUUCGAUGUGCACAGGCCGGCCGCACAAUACUCUCCUGCAUUGAUAACAAUAAAGACGGCGGUUCGCUGUCUUCACAAGUUCAUAAUGUGAUAUCAGACCAAAAUUCGUGGUCAAGUGCCGAUGAUAUUUUAUCUCAAAUUCGCCAACAGUGCUCUGAUAACACUUGGCGGACUAAGCUUUUCCGAACAUUAUUUCCAAACAGUGAUCAGUUAAUUAAAAUCCAAUCAUCGUAUCUUGUUGUUAAUGAACAAUUGGCUGAACCUAUUUACGAACUCCCCAAGCGUUCUGAAAUUGAAGCGUACGAGGAAAUCGCCCAAUACUUGCGCCCGCAAUCAUUGCAGCAUAUGGUCUACCUCUGUUUAGGAAUGGAUAGUUUAUGUGACGUAAGAUGUAACUAUUUCAGUGGACUGAAUUUUUCAACGCAAAACCUUGCGUUCUGCGGGGCAGAAUCGUUGACCAGACUCGAUAUGGAAACAUUUCUUUGCGCAGCUACUAUUCAAACAAAAAGAUCCUUCGAAGUGGAACGGAUUCAACACGAAAGUUAUAACGCAAAAAAUGUUGGCAAACCACGCAUUCUCCCGUUUGCUAAUGUUUUUUCGAAUUUAUGCACUGAAUCCCAAUCGAAUUGGUGGAAGGCCGCGUAUCAAGUAUAUAAAAAUUUAACAGGCGAUAACCUGGCGGAGUUGCGGGCAACAUUACAGUAUGGAAUCGAAGCAGUUCGUGGUAUUAGCGGGCCGAAGAUGGAUUUGAUAAUUAUUCUACGAUUAGGGAAAAUGUUCGGAACUAGAGCGCAAGAUGCGAGCAAACCAAUAGAAAAAACAUUUUUGGAAGCUCGUGCAAUUACUUUGUAUAAGUAUGGGCUGAUGAUGCUGAAGCUUCAUAAUAAAGGGGUUCUGGAACCUUUCCGGAAACUAUUCAAGUUUGCCAAUGGAAACAAUGCUGCUAUUGAAAGGGAGAUGAACAGUCUUGCAGAGGAAGCAGUAUCAAUGCUGGCGGCACGGUACUUCAAGGCAGGAGACUAUGAGGAGUGCAUCGAGGAAUUUGCUGGAAUUCAACUACCUUACGCGACGUAUUACCAAGCUGAAGCAUAUCGUAAGUUAGAUGAAUCAAACAAAACGCCGAAAAAAACUAAGAAGUUUUAUUCGGAUAAAGCUAAGGAUUGCUUAGACCAAACCUUACAGCUCUUAAGCUUCUCGAAUGACAAAAACCAUCCACUUAAAUCAAUAGUGCAGAGCGAGAUGAAGCGAACGCAGUACAACGAUACACUGUCAAACAACGAACACCUAAACGAUAUUGAGAACAGGGAAGAGUUUUUCAAUGAGUCAUUCAACACAAGUAGAACCCAGAGAGACUUACAAGCAUCCAUCUUAGUUUCGAAGACAACAGAACUUGAAAAUCUCAUCAAACAAAUGAUGAACACUCUAACAUUUGUGAAGGAGGAAAUAGUUGAUAGUAUAAAACCAGAAUUGUCAGAGAUUAAAGAAAGGGUAUUUAUGCUUGAAGAGAAUAUGAAGAAAAAAAGUGGCCCUCCUAGUCGUGAUGAUGCGACCAGGGUCUUUGAUGAUCUAUAUAUUAUAGGGGACGACUUGCAACAAGUAAUGCUGUCUCAGUACAACCAGCAGCAGCAACAAACUACUCCUCAACAACGCAUGCAAACUCCAAAUGCGUUAUUGAAUCAAGCUCCGCCAAGUAUGCUGCAUAAUCCACAAAUUCAGCCAGCAGCUAACAUUUAUAACAGCCCCUUAUACAACCCAAUUGCAGGAAAUCUACCAAACAAUUUUGUCAAUCAACAACAUCAUCAAUAUAAUACACCAGGAACAGCUUCAAACGUAUAUAAUACGCCUCCAUACAAUUCUAAUUAUCCUUUCAAUUAUUAUUCUCAAAUUGUAAUGCCACCAGGCGUAAUGAGUUUGGGGAUGCAAUCAUCUCAGCAUCAACAACAGCAGCCCCUAACAUCGCAAGCCGAAAGUAAUCCAAGCCUAUACGAUAUUUUGAGUUUGACGGCUACCAUGCCAAAUGUCCAACAAAGUGGUGAUAAAAUCACUGUAGAAAAAUCGGCUGCACAGCCUUCAAAUAACACCAGUGGAAUGUGGAAUCGUCCUUUGAAUGUUCCCAUAGAGAAAGCACCACCUGUUAAUGUGGUAAUAACUAGCUCUGAUCCAUUACCUGCACAUACAGUGGUCUCGACCCAAUCCACGCUGAGUGUAACAAUUCCGCCACACCAUAUUAAACCGAGUGUAGUUCCUAGUGACUGGAGUGGUGCUCGGAUGCAACAAAAAUUCAAUUUAGCCACGACAGUUUCAGGAAGUAGUGCUGCAACCUUAACUACCACCGGAGGUUCUACAGCAACGCCAACCCUUACAGGUGGAAUUUCAUUUGCUCCACCGAAGGCCAGCAUUACCGAACUAAAGCCAGGGGAGAAGUUGAAUGAAAGUGCAGGUAGUGAUGUUUAUAAUAAAAGUGGUGAAACCGAAUAUGAGCCUCAAGUGGAAUUCCAGCCUGUCAUCCCACUUCCUGAUGAAAUUGAAGUGAAAACAGGCGAGGAAGAUGAGGAUGUUAUGUUCUGUUCCAGAGGGAAACUUUUGCGGCUUAUUGAAAAGGAAUGGAAAGAACGUGGAAUUGGUGAUAUUAAAAUAUUGAAAAGCAAAAAUGAUGGUAAAAUACGGAUUCUUAUGAGACGUGAGCAGACUCAUAAAAUGUGUGCAAAUCAUUAUCUCACACCAGAACUGAAACUGAUGCAAGCUAAGGGUGAUGAAAAAAGCUUUAUUUGGUGUGUGGAUGACUUCGCCGAUGAAGUAAUGAAAAGAGAGAAACUUUGUGUUCGAUUUAAGCAGGUAGAAACAGCUAAGGAGUUCCAAAAGGUAUUCUUGCAGGCUCAAGAAGAAUUGAGGAAGAAAGAUAACCAGCCAAGCACAGGUGCACCUCCGGGAGAGAAGUCGGGGCUGGAAGUCACGCACUCAAAGGAUGCGAUUUCCAUUCCGACAGCAUUCGGCUUAUCGAAAUCAUCCACUUUCAACUUUUCGAAAACUAACACCUCAACGCCCAAAUCUGAGCCUAAAAGUAGUGUUUCUUCGACAACAGUUGAUUCCAAUAAGGAUGCUACAACCAACGCUCCAAGUUCGGUGUUUGGCAAACUGAAUUUUGGUUUUUCGAAUAGCGACGCUGCCGCGAAGGACGCGAAACAACCGGAAACUAGCAAACCAUCCCCAUUCGCCAGCUUUACCUUCUCUGCCACCGCGGGAACUAAAACUGAUUCACCGUUUGCUAAUAUAUUCUCUAAGACAAUGCAAUCUGUAACAGAACAAAAAUCGCCCGCUUCGGCACCAGUGCAAGUUGCGAAUAAAUCAAACACCGCUGAAGCAGAUGCCGACGACGACUAUGUCCCCACCGCAGAAUUCAAGCCAGUUAUUCCACUCCCUGAUCUUGUUGAAGUACAGACGGGUGAAGAGAACGAAGAUGUUCUCUUUGAGCAUCGUGCAAAGCUGUUGCGAUUCGACAAAUCAACGGGCGAAUGGAAGGAGCGCGGUAUCGGCAUUAUGAAGAUUUUGGUUGAUAAGAAUGAUGUUAACCGUGUACGACUGGUAAUGCGUCGCGAACAAAUUUUCAAAUUGUGCUGUAAUCAACGGUUGAUGAAGGACACAGUUUUCCAAAAUGCACAGAACUCAACAAAUGCAUUAACGUGGGUUGGUCAAGACUAUUCGGAGAAUGAAUUGCAAUCCGUAGUUCUGGCGAUACGGUUCAAAACGGCGGAUAUCUGUAAAGAAUUUCAUAAUGCGAUAUUGAAGGCCCAAGAGAGGAUGACCGAAGGCGGAGCGGAAGGGCACCAAAACGAAACACCUAAGUCAAACGAAAUCAAAGGAAAAGACUCGACGGAUAAAAAAGGAGUCGAAUCUGAAACAGGUUUUGGUGAUAAGUUCAAAUCGAAACCAGGUUCUUGGUCCUGCAAUUCAUGUUAUAUUUCAAACAACGCGGACACUCUGUAUUGUGUAGCCUGUGAAGGACCCAAGGAUGAUACCGUGCCAAAGAAAUCUUCGUUCGGAGCGUUCAACGCUCCAGCUAAAAAUACGUUUACCUUCGGAUUCGGAACAAUAACAAAUGCGCAGAUGCAACCAGAUUCGACGAAACCACCUGUAGAAGGCUUCGGAGAUAAAUUCAAACCAAAAGCCGGUUCUUGGUCUUGUCAGUCCUGUUAUGUAUCAAACGAAUCUAGUGCGCUUUAUUGCAGUGCAUGCGAAUCACCAAAGGAUGAUACUGUUCCCAAAAAGGAACCAGUUAACAAUAUAUUCGCCCCAAGUGCCAAUGCUCCGAAAUUCCAAUUCGGUUUUGCCCCCACUGCAGCUGUAGACCUUACAAAAAAUGCUGCAUCUUCCGCUGCAAUAAAUAGUGUCUCAACAGUAGCAACUAUUGAGGCACCUUCAACUAAUAGAAAUCCGUUCGAUCUGGUUACUAGCAGUGGUUUCAUAUUUGGAGCCGUAACACCUACUGCCUCUACAAAGAAUGUUUUUUCGACUAAUUCUGAUGGAAGAGCCUCAUUUACACUUUCCCCGUUUUCCAUUUUUGAUGUGAAAAAUGAUAAUUCGAAUUCAAAACUAACCACUUCCAAAUCAACUGUGAAUUCAAGUCAAAAGGCAAUUACCAACAGUGAUGGUUUUGGUCAAAAUGAAUUUAAAUUAGAAAAAGAGCAGUUCAAUUUUACAUUCGCACCAAAGUCACCGGGGAAGGCAAAAAGUCCUGCGAAAAAUCUUUCUGGUGUAGACGAUGAUGACGACAACGUUGAAGAGGAAGAAAAUAAUACUUAUUUCACGCCAGUUAUCCCAUUGCCCGAUAAGGUCGAUGUUGUGACUGGAGAAGAAGACGAAGAGCAACUAUAUUGCCAUCGAGCAAAACUCUACAGGUUUGUUUCUGGUGAAUGGAAGGAACGUGGCAUUGGAGACGUUAAAAUCCUACGACACAAGGAUACUAAAAAAUUGCGGAUUGUUAUGCGCAGGGAGAAAAUCCAUAAGAUCUGUUUGAAUCACGCAUUAACACCGGACAUUGAAUACAAACCAAAAGAUGAGAAGUCAUGGCACUUUGCAGCGAAUGACUUCAGUGAGGGCGAAUUCCAGUCUACAGUGUUCUCAAUUCGAUUCAAGAAUAAGGAAAUUGCGAAAGAUUUCAUGGAAGCUGUCAAGAAAGCACUAGAAGGUUCGGGAGCGCCAGAUGGGCAUGAAUCGGGAACAACGGCAUCGACCGAGAAUCCGGAUCUUUCAGACGAUCUAAUAAAGUUGGCGGAUCGUCUCAAGUUGCCUUACAGCUUCUUCCAGUACGAUGAGUCUAAAAAGUGUCCAGGAUGUCGCGGCUGCGAUCCUGACAACUUCAAAUUCCCUGACUAUAGUAAUCAAAAUGAACUCGUCGAUAAUUCAGAACCGAUCCCAUUGGUAAUGCCGCAUAUGCAAACACCUAGCAAACCUAUCCUGAAGCAAAGCAUUUUGACAACUCCGAAGCUAACACCGAAAUCAGAAAAUAACCAAAUCGCGAAGAAUAUUUUCGGAACAGCUAAUAUGUUUUCAUCGCCAGAUAGUAUGGAUACAUCGUCAAAAACGAGUGCAUCGAACGCCUUUGACAAAUUCAGUUUCACUCUGGGAGAAUCCAAACCUGCAUCCGGAGGGGAAGGCGGCGAAAACAAAUUUUCGUCAGGUGGAUUUCUAUUUGGAAACGCGCUGACAUUUGGAAAUUUAGACAAGGCAACGCCAAUAUUUGGUCAAUGCGCAUUCGGGAACACGGUUACUUCGUCUGCAUCGACUCAGUCAAUAUUCGGAGGCAGUAUCUCCUCUGCAACUAUAUUUGGAGGCACUAAUAAUUCCGCCUUGCCAUCGUCCACCUAUGCGACCAUUUCUGAUACUAUUACUACUUCACAAUCAACGGCAACAACAGAUUCCCAAGCCAAUUUGUUUGGCAGUUUGAAUCUUACCUCCAAAGCAGAUAGCACUCAACAAGUAUUUGAUGGCAAGCCGAACUUCACAUUUGCAACCCAUAGUUUCGGCUCAGCAUUUGGUAAUCGGGGAACAACAGGUGGUAGCAUAUUUGGCGGGAAUGCAUUUGGUGCGGUUGCAAAUAGUGAAAAUACAAUGAAAGCGGCGGAUAGUACUGGUAACAUCACUAAUGACAAUAACACACAGACGAAUAACAAAGAAAAUGAGCCAAAGGGUUUAACUCCAUUAAAUCUUAGCGAACCAAUCUUUAAAAAUGAUCCCGGGUUGAGUUUUGCGAGUUUAGCAGCAAAUGCCGAUUCACAGGCGGGUUUUAAAAUAGCGGGAAAAAGUGAUGCUCCUGGUGGAUUUAUUGGAUUGAAGAAAAGUGAUUUUAGCAUAUUUUUAACGUCAGGGAAGGAUGAUGGUAAGGAAAAAGUAAACACAAGUGAAGACGGUGCCGGUCAGGGUGAUGACUCUUCAUACGAUCCCCAUUACGAUCCGGUAAUUGAAUUGCCUAAGUUGAUAACAGUCAGUACGGGAGAAGAAGAGGAGGAAAAACUUUUUGGUGAAAGGGGUGUACUUUAUAGAUUCGAUACAACGAACAAGGAGUGGAAAGAAAGAGGUACCGGUGAAGUGAAAAUAUUACAUCAUCCUGAUAAAGGUACAUAUCGGCUAUUGUUGCGACGCGAACAAGUCCACAAGCUGGUACUCAACCAUGCAAUCGCUGCAGACUUUCAACUAAAACCCAUGAAUGCGAGUGGAAAGUCAUAUUGUUGGGGGGCUAUGAAUUAUGCAGAGAAUCCACCAGUUGUUGAACGUUUGGCUGUACGAUUCAAGAAUACCGACAUUGCUAAGAGGUUUGAAAAUGAAGUGUUGAGUUGUGUUGAAAAGGCAAAACAACGGAGCGCAGACCUGGAACCAGAAGAAGACUAGAUAGAAAUAAGUAGAGAGCCAAGUAGUUUUCCCUGCAUAAUACGUGGUUCAUGUAAACAGUUAAUAUCCAGAUUUUAUUAUCAUAAAACAACAGUCGGAAAAUGUUAGUAACUGAAUUGUUAUAAACAUACAUAUUGGCCCAAUACCAAUUUGUUAAGCAUCUAUUUCCUCUAUUGUUUUAGUAAGUUAAAGGAAAAGGAAAAUCAUCGCAAAAAAAAGUUGAUUUUGUCAAUGUUCAAAUUUCGGAAUUAACGCCAAUCAGAGAAAAGUGCCGUUCUUAAUUUUUUAUUUCGCUAUUACUAUAGUUUGUAGUCUACAAUUAUAAAUAUUUAUCUAAUAAAUUAUGUUAGCUCAAGAAAAAA